AUGAGAGUAUUAAAUUUAUUAUUACCAAUAUUAUUAAUAAUAGGAAUUGUAUCCUGCUCAAGUAAUGUUUAUUAUUGUAAUUCCAAUGACCCAAAUAAUUAUUGCAAAGAUGUUAUUAUUACACAAAAGGAAAUUGGGAAUUGGAACCAAGGAAAUAGAGGUGGUGCAGAAUAUACUCAAUGGGAAGUAACAUUAGAAAAUAAAUUAGAUUUUAGUUUAACACAAUUUUACAUUUUAAGAGAUUAUACACUAAAAAUUAGAGAUAGAAAAUCAAUUUGGAAUGUACAAGAAAUUGAAAGUACCAAUAAUUUAAUUUUACCAACUUAUCAAAAUUCAAUUGGUUCAAAAAGUAAUUGGAUUUUUGGUUUCAUUUUACAAGAUUCUGAACCUGCUAAUUUAACAUUAGAAGCAAUAUCAUUUUGA